ACACAAUUGCAGCAAAAUUUCCCUUUUUAAUUUUUUUUUUUCUCUAAUUGGCCUAAUUUCCGUUUCUCUUUCUGACUCUCUCCCUCGUUGGAUCAUCAACAAACAUAUAAAGCCGUACAUGUCAACUCAGCGAGUCUUCCUCCUGCUUUUUCUCUGUCCGAGUCUUGCUGGCUGAAUCUGAGUUGUUCACUCGCUCAUCUCUUCGCGAUGAAGAGUGGACUCGAGGUCUUCGAUUUCAAGGAAGAGGACGAGCUCGCUGAAUAUGCAGCUGGUAAAAUCCUCCGCAAGUUCAAAAACCCUAGCCUUGACAAUCCCGCUUUUUUGAAGUGCGACUUCCUCGAAUGCGUUGCCCAGGGAUCUGCUGCUGUAAAAAAGGAAAGUGGCACCAUAACUUGUAUAGAUGUUGAUGCAAUUGAAUAUGGCAAUAGUGCUACUGCAUACUCCCCUUUGGAAGCGGUUAGAGACGACUCUACCACCAAAGAAUACAACCGAGAUGGGGCUUACCAGUCAGAAUCUCUGAGUCAUGAAAAAGACUCUUGUUCAAAGAUGGAUAAUAAUGAAUCCAAAAGCUCUUUUAUUGAACAGGAGGGAAGGGUUUCAUACAAUGAAGCACUGUCACCUCGGAAAAGCCAAUCUAAUUGUGCCCUUGCGGCCUCUCCUUCUCACAGUGGACCAGUGUUCAAUGUAAAAUCAGAUGCUGAUGCUAGCAUGAACGAGAGUUCUCCAUCAACUCCUGCUUCUGAUAUUGCAGAGAAUGGUGCUAUUUUAAAUGGCCACUCAUCAAACAAUUAUUUCAGCGCAUCAGAGAUGGAUAUCAUAAAUAUUGCAGUUGAUUAUGUUGUAUAUCGGGAUAAUUACUGUACCGGGUGCCUGGUAACUUUUUCUUGUGAUGGAAUUAAAAUCAGUGGUAUGCCUGCAUAUGGAGACGAUGGAACCUUUAGAUUUGAAAGGGGAAUUGAUGAUAUUAUUCGUAUUGAGUCUCAGCAUCUUCAAAGGUUUGGAACCGUCACUGUUAAGCUCCACUUACUAUCGAAGGAUGCUGCACAAUCAACUAAUGCCUAUGGUAUGGGGGUUGAGCAGCUGGAGUUUGCAAUUUAUGAGCCCAACUGGUCUGGGAAAUUGGAGGAGAUUGCAUCUCUGAAUAUUAAAUAUUUAGCUUUAUCUGCCAUGGUGCAUGAGAAUGUCUCAAUGGAUGAAAGAUCUGACUUGCUUCGACAGAGGCCUUAUUUUCCGAUUUUUGAUGAGGCUGUUGAAGAUGUUGUCUAUCCGAAGGGGGAUUCAGAUGCAGUUUCCAUUAGCAAGAGAGAUUUUGAUCUACUACAACCUGAGAAAUUUAUCAAUGAUACAAUUAUUGACUUUUAUAUCAAGUAUUUAAAGAAUCAGAUUCCACCUGACGAGAAGCAUAGGUUCCAUUUUUUUAAUAGCUUUUUCUUUCGGAAGCUUGCGGAUCUAGACAAAGAUCCAUCCAGUGCUUCAGAUGGUAGGGCUGCUUUUUUACGUGUUCAUAAAUGGACAAGGAAAGUGGACAUGUUUGGAAAAGACUAUGUUUUCGUCCCUGUAAAUUUCAAUCUUCAUUGGAGUUUAUUGGUAAUAUGUCAUCCUGGUGAAGUGGCUGGUUUGAAAGAUGAAGACUUAGGGAAUUACUUGAGAGUACCAUGCAUAUUGCACAUGGAUUCUAUUAAAGGAACUCAUGCAGGUCUCAAAAACCUUGUUCAAAGUUAUCUAUGGGAAGAGUGGAAAUCGAGGCAAAAGGAGGCAUCAGAAGACUUAUCUUCAAAAUUUUUGAAUUUGCGGUUUGUCCAACUUGAGUUGCCACAGCAGGAAAAUUCAUUUGAUUGCGGCCUGUUCCUGCUCCACUACCUGGAGUUAUUUUUGGCGGAGGCUCCUGUGAAUUUCACCCCAUUCAAAAUAAACGAGUUCUCCAAGUUUCUUAAUGUGGAUUGGUUUCCCCCUGCUGAGGCAUCUCUGAAGCGUACUCUUAUCCAGAGACUAAUUUCUGAGCUCCUAGAAAAUUGCCAUCGAGAACUCUCUUCUGGUGAUUGCAGUGAUGAACCAGAGUGUAGUUUGCCAGAAAAUAAUGAGAAAGAAACUAGAGUCCAGUUUGUUUCAGAGGAAUGCACUCCUGCUGUAGCUUGUCAUGGGAAUUUAUCAACUUCUGAUGCCAGUCAAGGGAUUGAAAUCACUCUGUUGGAAGCAUCUUCUGUGAGGAAUUCUGAUUGUGUCAAUGAUCCAGGCUUGGUUCUCAGGGAAUUCUUUGAGCCUGGAGUUGCUGCAGGGUCAUUACUUGCGCAUUGUUCAUCCUUUGACCAGCAAUCUUAUUACCGUCUUAAUGGUGCUAUGUCACAACAGAUUGAGAAUCAUGCAGAAACUGGAGAGCCCUUUGUUUAUUUCCCUUCUGGAGAUGUUUUGUUUCAACAAAUUGCUGGUAUAACACCUCAAGCUGGUUUUAUUCCGUAUCCACUAAGUGGUUUUGGCACUGAUCCUUCUUGGAAUCCAGGAAUUUCUAUGCAAGGAGAGGAUGAUGGCUCAUCCCCAGAAACAUCAAUAUGUGCCUCUGAUGAUUCUGAUGUAGGAAUUAUUGAAAAUUGUCCUGUUGAGAAAGAUUUGGAUUUAGCUCAAGAAGAGAAAAUUGAUCAACAAAUGUCUCUUUCAAUGGAAAAAAUUGAGUUUUUGACAGAGAAACUUGCUACAAGUUCUAGUGAGAUGCUGGAGACCUCUGCCAUUAAAAGUACUGAAGACCCUGAUAGGAUGCAUGACGCCAAUAAGAAUGGCGACCUUGCCUUGUGUCAAGAAAAUCCAACUACAUUGCAUAAAGACACUGACAUGGUAGAAAAUGGGUUGCAUCAAGACUCAGAACAAACAGAGAUCAUUGGUGAUGAUGUGGUGGCAGAAUCAGAUGAGAAGCAAAUGAUCGAGGUUAAUGUGAUGGCAGAAUCAGAAGAACAGCAAGCUGCAAAAAGGCAGGUUAAUAUGAUGGCCGAAUCAGAUGAGAAGCAGAUGAUCGAAGUUAAUGUGAUGGCAGAAUCAAACGAGAAGCAAAUAAUCGGGAAUAAUGUGAUGGCUGAAUCAGAAGAACAGCAAGCUGCAAAAAGGCCGGUUAAUGUGAUGGCAGAAUCGGAAGAACAGCAAGCUGCAAAAAGGAGUCGGGUUACACCUCCAGAAGAAGGGGAGAGAGAUACCAUUGGAAGCCUGUCAAAGGAUCUCCAUUUGUAAUUUAGGAUGUAGGUGGAGCUGUCCUCUUAGAUUUUUGUUAACAUAAUUGUGAACCUGGAUCUCACUAGAUUUUGAUAUGCCAUUCUGUGAAUAGUGCCAUGGCCAUAUUUUAACAAUCAUUAGCUUGGGUUGUCUUGUAGGAAAAAGGAGAAAAUUGCAUCAAGUUCUUUUGUUAAUAAUUAAGCGACCAGAAUAUUUUUGGGCCUAGCAAAGGGAAUUAAAAUUCUUCUAGUUCAGGACUACAAGUUGUACUUUGCAAUUAUGUAAUGGUGAGCCUUUAGCUGCUUUGCAAAGAA